CACACACACAGAGGCGGCGGUGCUGCCGGACGGAAGAGAACGAGAGGGAGGGAAAGUCUGUGUGAACGUGUGAAUGUGUGAAUGUGUGAAAGUUACAUGAACACAGAGAAAAAGAGUGUCUGAGUGACAACUACCGAGCAGCCACAACCAGCUCUGUGUCCGUGUGUCCAGACUGAGUCCAGAUGUCCGUCAUGACUGUGACGCUGAGCCUCCUCCUGCUGGCGCUGGGCGUCGUUGGCCAGGAGCUUCCGUCGGGCCCUCACGGCUGCACGGAGGGAAGUUGUUACCCCGCCACAGGAAACCUUCUGAUUGGACGUGCAGUCAACUUGACGGCCUCGUCCACAUGUGGCCUGAACGGGCCGGAGCAGUACUGCAUUGUCAGCCACCUGCAGGAGUCAGACAAAUGCUUCGAGUGUAACUCGGUGCACCGCUACGACUCCUACCACCACAGAAACAGCCAUCGCAUCGAAAACGUCAUCUACCUCAUGGACAGGAACGGAGACAACACCUGGUGGCAGUCUGUCAACGGACUGGAGACUGUGAGCAUCAGACUGAACCUGGAGGCUGAAUUCCACUUCACUCACCUCAUCAUGAAGUUUAAGACUUUCCGCCCCGCGGCGAUGAUCAUCGAGCGGUCAGCUGACUUUGGCCGCACGUGGCGCCCUUACCGUUACUUUGCCUCUAACUGCACCAGGAUGUUUCCCGGCAUCGCCGCCAACGGCCUGCAUCACAUCAACGACAUCAUCUGCGAAGAGCGCUACUCCGACAUUGAGCCUUCUACGAAUGGAGAGGUUAUUUAUAAAGUUUUGGAUCCUGCCAUUCACGUGAAAGACCCCUACAGCCUGGACAUUCAAGAACUCUUACGAAUCACCAACCUGCGCAUCAACUUCACCAAGCUCAACACUCUGGGCGACGACCUGCUGGACCGACGCUUCGACGUCCUGCAGAAAUAUUACUACGCCCUCUACGAGCUGGUGGUCAGAGGGAGCUGCUUCUGCUACGGUCACGCCUCCGAGUGCGCUCCGGUGCCAGGGGUCGACGCCCGCGAGCUCGGCAUGAUCCACGGUCGCUGUGUCUGCAAACACAACACUGAGGGCCUGAACUGUGAGCGCUGCCAAGACUUCCACAACGACCUGCCGUGGAGACCAGCAGAGGCAGAAAACCCACACACGUGCAGAGAGUGUAACUGUAACAGCCACUCAAACCAGUGUCACUUCGACAUGGCGGUGUUCUUGUCCACGGGGAACGUCAGCGGCGGCGUGUGUGACAACUGUCAGCACAACACCGUCGGCCGCAGCUGUGACACGUGCAAACCUUUCUACUACAAAGAUCCUUUCAAGGACGUCAGAGACCCGCGAGUCUGCGUCGCGUGCGACUGUGACCCCGUGGGCUCGCUGGAAGGAGGCGUGUGUGACAGUCACACGGACCCAGAGAUGGGCAUGAUCUCAGGACAGUGUCGCUGCAAAGCUAACGUGAAAGGAACGCGCUGCGACGACUGCAAGGAGGGACAUUACGGACUCAGCUACAACGACCUGCUGGGCUGCCAACCGUGUAACUGCGACCCUCGUGGCAUCAUAAUGAUGGGAGCUCCCUGUGAUCAGAUCAGCGGAGACUGUUCCUGCAAACGAUACGUCACUGGUCGUUACUGUGACCGGUGUCUGCCUGAAUACUGGGGGCUCAGUAACGACCUGGCCGGCUGCCGACCGUGCGACUGUGACUUCGGUGGCGCCGUCAACAACAGGUGCAUGAUGGAGAGCGGCCAGUGUGAGUGCAGGAGACAUCUGAUGGGUCGACAGUGUUCUGAGGUGCAGCCCGGAUACUUCUGCGCCCCGCUCGACUUCUACAAGUACGAGGCUGAACACGCCACAGGACACUCGCCCGGUGACCCCGUGCUGCCGGGUAAAGUCCGUCCUCAGGCAGAGACAGACUGCGUUGAACACCUCAGUAACCAGCUGAGGCGUCACCGGCGUCACCGUCGCAUCACAGACUCACAGCAGCAUCGAGCGGCGCUGAGACGAAUCCGCCAGCUUCAGCAAACACCGGACGUGAGAACCGUCCACAGGGAACACUCUCUGAGCCAUAUGGUGACGUGGACCGGACCCGGGUUUGCACGGGUCAAAGACGGCGCUGGCCUGGUGUUCACCGUCGACAACGUCCCCUACGCCAUGGAGUAUGACAUCAUGAUCCGCUACGAAGCCGAGUCCACAGAAGACUGGGAGGCCAUGGUCAGUAUUUCCUCAGUCCAGCUGCCCUCAAGUCUCCGCUGUGGAAACCUUCUACCGACUGAACAGAUCUACACUGUGACACUGCCACACCGCAGCAGAUAUAUCCAGACGCCGCGGCCCUUCUGCUUCGAGCCCAGCAACCGAUACGUGAUCGCCAUCCGCUUCCAGCGACACGGCGUCUCGCACCGUCAUCUGACCGCCUUCAUCCUCAUCGACUCGCUGGUUUUGAUCCCCAAAUACACGGAGCUACCUGGUUUCCUGGGUAACGAGCCGGAGGCGGAGCAGAGGCGCGAGGAGAUGAUCCGCUACAUGUGUCUGGAUUCCUUCAUGAUCACACCGAUGCCCGCUCUGGCCGAGAUGUGCUCCAAACUCAUCUGCAGCAUCUCGUCCAUCAUUCACGAUGGCGCUCUGCAGUGUCAGUGUGACCCACAGGGUUCCCUCAGUGGUGAGUGCGAACGGGUCGGAGGUCAGUGUCGCUGUAAACCCAACGUGAUGGGUCAACACUGCGACCAGUGCGUCCCGGGGAGCUUCGGCUUUGGAGUGAGCGGCUGCACUGCCUGCGACUGCCACCCCGAGGGCUCGCUGAGCCACCAGUGUGACCCAGUCACAGGUCAGUGUCAGUGCAGGGACGGAGCCACUGGACGCAGGUGCAGUGACUGUCGGCCGGGUCAGUGGGGGUUCCCCAGCUGCAGCCCCUGUCAGUGCAACGGCCACGCGGAUGUCUGUGACCCCGGCACCGGGGAGUGUACGGACUGUAGAGACUACACAGCGGGACACUUCUGUGAGCGUUGUGUGGACGGCUUCUUUGGAAACCCGGUGCUCGGUUCCGGUGAACACUGCCGGCCGUGUCCGUGCCCCGGCGUCCCCGGCUCGGGUCACUUUAACGGACACUCGUGUCGCGCCGACCAGAGCUCGGACCAGAUCGUGUGUCACUGCAGACAAGGCUACGCUGGGACUCGCUGUGACCGAUGCGCCCCUGGUUACCACGGCAACCCAGACCAACCCGGCGGUCAGUGCCUGCCGUGCGAGUGCAGCGGCAACAUCGACACCCAGGACCCGGACUCUUGCGACCCCAGGACCGGCCAGUGUCUCAAGUGUCUGUACCACACGGACGGCGCCACCUGUGGACGGUGUCAACAGGGUUACUAUGGCAACGCUAUUGCCCAAGACUGCAGACGUUGCACGUGUGUGACCGCCGGCACCGUCCAGUCGUCCUGCAGCGACGGACAGUGUGACUGUGAGCGGGCGAGCGGCGCCUGCGCGUGCAGGCAGAACGUGACCGGCCACAACUGUGACCAGUGCGUCCAGAACCACUGGAACUACGGCCAGGAGCGAGGCUGCGAGCCAUGCCGCUGUGACCCCCGGCACGCUCAGGGAGCUCACUGCAACAUGUUCACAGGUCAGUGCCACUGUCGUCCAGGCUUCGGAGGCCAACGGUGCACAGAGUGUGAGCAGUUCCACUGGGGAGACCCACAGGUGCAGUGUCGAGAGUGUAACUGUCACCCGCUGGGAUCAGAAGUGUCUCAGUGCGACAGAAGCACGGGCGUGUGCGAGUGCCGCGAGGGAGUGGCGGGCACGCGUUGCGACGAGUGCGCCCGGGGUUUUGCCGGCGUCUUUCCCAACUGCGUGCGGUGUCACGCCUGCUUCCAGCUGUGGGACGACGCGCUGUGUCAGAUCAAGAGGGACCUGGAGCACGUCCAGUACACGGCGCAGAAGAUCCUGGAGAGCGGCGUCACGCCGGGCGUGGAGGACUCGCGCAUCGGAGAGCUGGAGAAGAAGCUGAAGCAGGUGCAGGACAUGAUCGGGGGCGAGGACAGCGACAGGAUCCACAAGCUGAUUGGACAGAGCAUCGAUGACCUCAGGGCUGAGAUCGCCCUGACUGACGGGCGACUGAUGGGCGUCACGCGCGACAUAAACACAACGGCAGAAGAAGACGGGGCGCUGAGACGCACUCUGGACGUUCUGGAGAGAGAACUGAGGGACAUCAACACCACGUUUGCUCACAAACAGCAGCUGCUGAACGACUUCCUCACCUCGGGAGUCGCAGAUCAGUUUGACAAGGUGAAGAAGUAUUACCAGGAGUCAGCGGCGGCCGAGGAGAGGUGCAACGCGUCGGUGUCCGGUCCGCUCAGCGCGGUGGAACAGUCCAAAGAGACGCGCUCUCUCACCGAGGACCUGCUGGACGCCAGUAAAGACAAGUUCCUGCGCGUCCUGGCCGCUCAGAACAAGACGCUGAAAGAGCUGCAGGAGAAAGCAGACGACCUGGGCGACAAGGUGCAACACCUCAGCAACGAGGUCUGCGGCGGUCAUAGCAAUAUCACCGGAAACGCCACUUGCCCAGACAGCCAGUGUGGAGGCGCCGGUUGCCGUGACGAUCAGGGCGACCGCGUGUGCGGAGGAGACGGGUGCAGCGGGGCGGUGAGCGCCUCGGUGGACGCCCUGAAUCACACCAAGAAACUCACGGACAGUCUGAACGCGGCCAACGAGGAGCUGAAGGCCGUCGCUAAGAAGCUCCAGGAUGUCGCCGCUCUGACUCUGGAUGUGAAGAACAAGGCGAUGAACAGUCUACAGAAAGCCCAGAAAAAGAAGGAGCACUUUGAGAACAACAACAAGAAGCUGAAAGAUUUCAUCAAGAAGAUCAGAGAUUUUCUCACUGAGGAGGGAGCUGACCCGGAGAGCAUCGAGAAAGUGGCUCUGCACGUGCUGUCCAUCAAGCUGCCCGUCAACAGGACCACGAUUGACAACAUGGUCGCGCAGAUCAAGGGUCACCUCUCCAACCUCACCAACGUCGGCGAGAUCAUCAACCAAACGUCGCAGCACGUCGCCAAAGCCAAGGAGCUGCUCGAGAAAGCCAGAGACGCCAAGAGUCGAGCGGAGGGAGUGAAGGACGCGGCCAAUACCACGAGGCAGGCGCUGGACGAGUCUCAGAAAGCCAUCGACAAAGCCAGAGCAGCUCUGAACGACGCCCAGAAUAAUCUGAACAGCACAAGGAACGCCACUGCUGAGGUGGAGAAGAAGCUGGGGCAGCUGGUUGGUAGGCAGAAGGACGUCAUGAUGCGGUUACAGACGCUCUCGGAGGGGGUGGAGGCUCUGAAGAACAAGACGGAGAUGAACCGACUGAUGGCGAUGGACGCCAAAGCACAGGCCAACAACGCCACUCACCUGGCGUCGUCACUGGAGAAGAGCCUCAACGACACAGAAGAGCGGUACCGCGAGCUGCGGACGAAGCUGGAUUCUCUGGGUGGAGAGUCUGGAGGUCUGAACAGCAUCAACCAGAGGGCCAAGGAUAUCCAGAAGGAGGCGGAGGACCUCCUUAACAAAGCCACAAACGGGAUUAAAGAGCUGGAGAAACUGGAGAAGAAGUUAAAGAGCAACGAGCAGUGGAUGCAGAGCAAGCACGUGGAGCUGGAGGAGCUGAGGAAGAACGCCACGCUGGUGCGUGACAACAUCCGCGAGCAGGUGCAGAAGUACAGCAACUGUGUGUGAGACAGAACUCGACAGAUGUCCUGGCAAAGAUGUCAUGUGCCAGGACCAACAACUUUCUCUCUGAAAUCACUUCAAAUUGAUCGUUGUUUAAUAAAUCGUUGUUUAUUAUUCACUGUUCAUUAUUCGCUCAAAACAGACUUUUUUGUUUUUUUAUGGACAAAACAUUGUAUUCUUCUUAUAAUUUGUAUGUAUGGAGGUGUGAUGCUGAGUUACAGUUCAAAGCUGUGGUGCGUGAGCUUCCUCUGGUGGUAGCUGGAGGAAAAUCAGAAACACUGUUCGACUGUUAUGUGAUCAGAGUGGAGCUGAGGGAUUGUGACCGGAGUGUGUAGAAAAUCAAACAAACAACACAACAACAAUAAUAAUAAUGACGAUAAUAGUUAACUAGCGUCCCCACGCAAGUCUGAGAGUGCAGCAGUUCCCUGACCUCACUGUCUCCCUCACUCAACAGUCUUCACUUUUAUUCCAUUUAUGUCGGUGCGACAAACGCGCUCGGACGUUUUAACUCAUUUACGUCUCCAAAAUGGACACCGAAAUUCAAAAUGGCUGACUUCCUGUUGAGUGGAGGCCAUGGUUACGGUCGUUUGUUUUGGUUCGUCUUGGUCUAAAACAUCUUCCCACCAUGUUUCGUGAAAUUCAGUGGAACUCAAUUUUGCCUCUGUUUUCACCUUAGGGGGCGCUAUAGAGUCCUUGAGUACCGCACGGGUCCGGGAUCUAUGCCAAUGUCACAUUUUCCCAAGACCUGACCUCCGUGCCAAGUUUCAAGAGUUUUUAUUCACGUUAACGGCCUCAAAAAUGACCACAAAGCCACGGAUAGAAUAAUAAUCUGACAGAGAACAAGAGGAGCCGUUUCAGGCCCUGACAUUCGUUUUAAUAAUCUCGCCCCAUCUUAAUCUAAUGUCACUAUACCAGUGUGUGAAGUAUAUGUGAGGAAGAGGAGGAUGAAGAGAGAAUAAAUCUGCCUCCAGUGUAUUUGAAUGUUGGUGAUAAUAGUGUCACUUCAUAGUUCUUUAUGGCAGUUUCUGCUGCAGCUGUCUCAGGUGUCUCAAGAAUAUUCUCCUAGAAGCUGGUCACUCAGUGGGGUAGUGGCUAGCACUGUUGCCUCACAGCCAGAAGGUCACUGGUUUGAAUCCUGGGGGCCUUUCUGUGUGCGAGAGGGUUUCCUCCGCCGACAGUCCAAAACCAUGCAGAUGUUAGUCGGACACUGUAACUUAACUAUGUGUGAAUAUGAGGGUGAAUGUUUGUUUAUAUCAGUGAUGAACUGGUGAGCUGUGACCCUACGUCAGCUUGUGUAAAGCAGACUUUGAAGCAUGUCAACGUGUACUUGUAUCGGUUUGAAGUCUGUUUCUACAUCCUCCAGGAGAAGCAACAGAUGUGUCCACAUGUGUAUGACAUCAUUGAUGAAAAUGACAAUGCUGCUCUGGUGCCUUUUUAACUUUCCACUGCUAUUUCAGUUGUUAUAUGCUACCCAUCAAGUGUUAUAUCGCCUGUCCAUGUACUGUACCGACCACUUUUUGACGAGACCUCAUCGCUGUUGUGUGACGUCUUUGUGUCUUUAACUUAUCACAAGUGGCUGACUUUUGGAGAGUAUUUGUUUUGUUUUUCAUUGUUCACACCAUGAUGACUGAUUUCUUGAAUAAUGAUGAUAAUAAUAACAAUAAUAAUAAUAAUAGUAAUAAUAAACAAGAAGAAAUAUAUGACAGUAUGUUAUCAGAAAGUUAUUAUCUUUGACCAGUUUGGUAUUUACAUUAUGACAACAUACACAGACUGAUUUUGAAUUACAUGUGUUUAUUUUUAUUACAAAAAUAUGACUAAAUACGUAUAAAUACAAGUAUUCUUAUGAGGGAAAAUUGGAUGGAGACAAAUAAAUGUAAUCCAGUUUAUGUAAAUUCA